AUACACAUGAGUAUACUUUUAACUACAUUAUAUAUAAUUAUAUACUUAUAUAUAUGCAUAUGCUUGCGUACUUAACUAUAUACAACUAUAUACACUUGUGAGGCUACGGCCAUUUUCCUUAAAGAAAAAAAAGAAAAAACUAUAUAUACUUAGAGAUAUAUAUGAGUAUACGUUAAUGACCAUAUAAUAAUAUAACUAUAUAGAAAAAUAUAUAAAUUUCAUAACUGGGGUCUGGGUCGAGCUUCACCAACACAACCUGAACCCGGGCACGGAGCGCGAUCGGUCCAGGUUUUCCAGGCUUUUCCUGAGCCCUGGGCCGGGCUCAGGCCCAAUUGGGUCUAGGCUGGACACCGAGCCGGUUCCGGGCUGAAAGCCCGUUUGGAUAGCCCUAAAUUUGAGCAUGUCUAGCAAUCUGCUAAAAUUGCUGAUUGCUAAAAUUGCUCAUCUUUUAACCGUACCAACAACUGCAGUUUUAAGAAAUGAUCUAUUUCUUUGAACUUGUUCUCUUUCUUUGAACUCAGUAAGAGUUUGAAACAAUUUAGGAAAUAGAAACUGCAAAGCUAAAUUCUUGCUAAAAGCUAAGUAGAUUCAAAAUCUUUACAGUGACCUUCCUCUAUAGCUUGAUGUCUAAUUUUAGACCAAAUUCUACCAUAUAUUUAAUUUGCACGUAGGUGAGCUAAACUAAACAAAUAUAUAUAUCAUAAAUCAAAUUUCUUAGGGAAUCAACAUUAUGGAUCAGAAGGAGUCAGCUAGUAUCAAAGGCAAAGUUUGUGUAACAGGUGCUGCUGGCUUCUUUGGAUCAUGGCUAGUUAAGAGAUUGCUCGAGUCAGGAUACAAUGUAGAAGGAACUGUUAGAGACCCAGGAGAUUACAAGAAAAUUGGACACCUCUGGGAACUGGAAGGAGCAAAGGAAAGGCUUCAUCUUGUGAGGGCCGAGCUCAUGGACGAAGGAAGCUUCGAUGAUGCUAUCAUCGGAUGUGAGGGUGUCUUCCAUGCUGCUUUCCCUGUAUUGUACCCUAAAUCCGAUCCAAAGGCUGAGGUCUUAGACCCUGCAGUUGAAGGCACCCUGAAUGUGUUAAGAUCAUGCAAGAAAAGCCCUCUUCUAAAAAAAGUUGUUCUCACAUCAUCAACUUCAGCAGUCGCAAGAUCAUCAAGUGAUCCAAAACAACCACUAGAUGAAAACUCAUGGAGUAAUGCUCAAGAGUGUGAGAAGCUCAAGGCUUGGUAUCCACUCGGGAAACUACUAGCAGAGCAAGCUGCAUGGAGAUUUGCAAAGGAGAACGGUAUUAAUCUCGUCAGUGUGAUUCCAUCAUUUAUUAUUGGUCCUAGUCUAUGCAACUUACAUGUAACUGCAUCAGAUAUUCUCUCUCUACUUAAAGGAGAUAAUGAGAAAUUUGCAAGGCGUGGAAGAAUGGGGUAUGUUCAUAUCGACGAUGUUGCUAGUUGUCAUAUCUUAGUUUAUGAAAAUGACAAUACUGAAGGAAGAUACCUCUGUACUUCAACCGUACUUGAAGUCCCUGAACUAGCAUCAAUUCUUGCGAAGCGUUACCCUUGGCUUCCUAUUCCUACGAGUUUUCCCAGUUACGUUCAGGGGCCUCGCUUUGAGUAUGACACCUCCAAGGUCCAAAAACUUGGGAUCAAGUUUAAAGGGAUUGAAGAAAUGUUUGAUGAUGCUAUUCAAUCUCUCAAGGAACAAGGUCAUCUUCCAUGAGAAUAGACAAAGUUCUCAAGCAACCUUGUGAUAUAGUAAAUAAAGUUCUAUCUAAUUAAUAAUCGGAUUUGUAAUGAGAAAUAUAAAGAAAAUAUGAGCAAUAAUAACUAUAUAUGAUAAAUUUUUGUAUCUUCAGAUCUGUAAUGAAUAGCAUAUGUGAUACAAAUUUUAUGGUGAACAUCCCUUGAAGCAAAUUUAUGAUGUU